AUGGAUAGCCCAGACUGUACGCUCAAUAAUCUCCGAAACAUCGUGGGAUUCAAUGGUCUUCGGGACUUCAACGAUCUUGGUAAAAUGAGGCUAGACACUCUUCACAGUCGGAUCAGAGCCGUCAAUAUGAGGCUCUCACGAUACAAUGUCAUAUCCAUGUGCAUCAUUUGGCUUCAGACCAAGGCUUUGCAGACACCGUUCUCGACACUUCCAAUCGAGAGUUGGUGCACCGCCUUGGCUAACCAGCGAUGCAAUGAAGAGGAUGUCCUUAAUUUUUGGAAGUAUUCUCUGGAAAAUAUCUGGCUCUACCAUCAACGAUGCGAUCCAGGGUCAAGAAAAAUAAUGACCAGGCUUUAUGAAGAAAUUAAAAGUCAUCUGUGUCGGGGCCAACUUUCCCCUGAUGAGAAGCGAGGAGGUGGCUCCGGUGCUUAUCCUCAAGACGCAUUUUUAGGGAAGACUAUGGAUAACCACUGGGAGCCACCCCCUCCAGUCGUUAAACACUCUGUUGCUGCGGUAGGCUGCGCGGAGAAAACGAUCAAACUAGGCUGGGAGCUCGGUGAGAGCCGGGAUGGUGUCUCUACACAUCAGACGGCAAAAUCGUGCUUGGAUAGAACGGAGCUCCUCAAGAAACGAAUAUCUGAACUUGUGCACCUUGAUGAGAAUCCUGGCCAGGAAAAGGAGGCACACGACCAGGCUGCCCAGAAGGGAGGCAUUUUAAAUAACUUGGAAGCCUCCAAGGCCCCGGGUGGUCUUAGCUUGACAAAACCUCUUGCUAAGGAUAUUUGUCGGAGAUGUCACACGGCAGGGCAUGCCAUCUCUGAUUGUCCCACGAUCAACGACUCAUCGUGGGAUCCCCCUCCACAUCCGAGAUAUAUUUGCGCUAUUUGCGGAGUGUCCGGCUCUCACUAUGUCUGGGACUGCGAGUGGCGUCGGCCCAAUACCCAAUGGAGCACAUACAGCAAGAGGAAUCAGUUUGCUACCGAGAGGAACACGCAAGUCCCUUCUCAGGUGUCUCCUCAUCCAGCAGAAGUCAUGAGGGGGUAUUUUCUAACAAAGCCGACGCUUACAAAACAUUCUGAUGAUUUUUUGCCGUCGGUCAACAUGGAACAGAGUAAACUGGCCCUUCGCCCUGGUGAGGAGGACAAAUGUGACUCGUUGGAUGAAGAGAGAGAUGCUAGAGAAACAGUGGACAACGAAGCAGGUGAAGUAGCUUGCCAAACCGCAGAUGAUUUUUUGUCCAGAUUCGGGCUCGCACUCAAGAGGAAAUUUUAUCAAAAGACUUCUCCUGAAGAACUGAUCAGUAUAGAUAAUGAGCCGAUGACCAAGAAGCUCAAAAUAGGCCUUGAAGAUGGCGAAGUAUUGGAUGGCAGUCAUUCGUCAUCCCUUUUGACCAGCGGGAUACCUAUCUCGGGUGCAAAUGACAAAGACGGGAGCUCAGUCCCGGAACCACAACCGGGCGGUCCUGGGAGUACAGAAUCGAUGACUCCCGCCAGUCGUCUUGGCCGCAGCCCAAGUGUCCAUGACCUGUUUCCGAAUCGAGAGUGGGAGCACACUACCCAUGAGGCACGGCAAACGGCAAUGGAGCUGUGGCAGAGCAGCAGUGACAAUAUCGAACUUACUACCGGAGCCGAAAAUGAGGCCCCCUUGGUCGCAGUCAAGCUGGAGGAUAGUCAUGGCGCCAUUGACCAUUCCAUUGCAAUUGAAGGCAAUAAGAAUGGUGCCGCAGCUGGCGGCAUUGCGGGAGGGGAGGAACAUGACAGCACUUCCUCUGUAACAAGCCUGUCUGGUUCAAACAAGCAACGUGAGGAGUGCGAUGGUGUUUGGCACGUCGCUGCGUGCCAGUUGCACCACCAUAACGGCGAAGCUAUUUAUUCUGCCAGCAUGGAGGUAAAGCAGAUUGGCGACACGGCUGACCCUUUAGUUGUAGCUGAAGACAAGAGCGACGCCGCGGCUGUUGGCGCUGUUGAGGAAAAGGAAGAGGGGAGCGCAUCUGCGACAAAGACUCUUGUUGCAGGUGAGGAGGACAGGGGCCGAAGUAGUAUUGGGCACGUCAUUGCAGAUAAUCUGCAACGGAGUAAUGUAGCUAUUCAGCCCCUUGAUGUCGAGGCGAAGCAGGAUGGAAGCGGCUGUGGACUCUGUGAUCAUAUCGAAGUCUUGGGUUGA